UUAUUAGUGCUAUGAAUUUGAUUAAAACAACAUAAUGACGAAUACAUUUUCUGUCUUUUCUCCAUCGAAACCAUGUGUAUUUGUAGAUAUAAUAAUAUAAACAUAAUUAAUUUCAAUUAUUUCGACUUUUAUCAAUGACAUUACUUUUAACUAGAUGAAAUUCUCCAUAUAAAUGGAUCGAUCAAUUUUAUUUUUGGCAAAUUCGUAUUCGUAUGUUGAAUGGCACAAACCAGCAAAGAGAAAAAAUGAUUGAAAUAAAUGAAGAAAAAAAUUACCUUCUCGAAUGGUUAUUCAUUAAUCUUGGAUAUACCGGCACACAAAUGAAACCAUUACGAUGGUCCAAUUGGCCAUCAAUAAUCAAUAUUUCCAUUACAAAGAACAUGGCCACAUUUCAAAUAGAUCACAAGUCAUACAAGAUUGAUAAUAGUGAUGAUGGAUAAUAAUGAUAACUUUAUGGAAAAGAAUCAUCUUCUCAACUGUAUCCAUAUUAUAUGUGGAAAUUUUGGCAUUCAAUUACAACAAAUACGGCUAUUAAAUUGGCGAAAUAUAAUGAUCAAUUUGAUUGUAAAUUUUAUCGUCAUUUAUGGAUUAUUUAUAGAAAAUCAAUUACCAUGGCAGUCAUUAUCAUCAUCAUCAUCAUCAUCAUCACUGGAAAUGAAUUCAGAUUCAAUAUCAACAAUUGAAUUGAAACAGGGAAAAUAUUUGGAAAAUUUUUUGAAAAAUUUUUGUGAAAUUUAUUCACAAGUAUUAUGGAUAUUCAACUUAAUUUAUCAAUAUUAUUAUGGACCAAUGAUUGGCCAAUUAAUGGCCAAAACCAUUUAUGAUUGUUUAUAGUUCACGAAAACAUUCAUCAAUCAUAAUGAUUAUUAUAUUCAUAACGAUUAUAGCGAUUUUUAUUGGUGAAUUUCAUGAUGAUAAAUUCAACGAUGCUGAUAGUAUUAGAAAAUUUUUAUUUGUUAAUUUUAUCGCCUUUUGUUUGGAUCAAUCAUAUACAUUUCCAUUGUUUGUUCAUACAUAUGUUAAAUAUGCAACCAUACAAAGAUUGAAAUCAUUUCAGAUUGAUCAUCGAAUUAUAUUGAAAAGACAACGAAAGACAACGAUUCGUGGCCAGAGACCAAAAAAUCAACAACAACAACAACAACAGACCAUUAUAUUUGAACAAAUACGACAAUUAGCACUAUUGAAUAAAACAUUUGCACGUUUAUUAUCACCAUUAUUAUUAUCAAGUCUGAUUGCAUAUAAUCUUGAUAUAAUUACAAUAUUUUAUUGGUAUCAAACGGAUUUACAAUUUAUUAGCUAUCUAAUUUGGUCAUUUAUAGCUUGGUGUUAUCUAUUACAUUUAAUUCUAAUGGACCAUGAUAUUGAUCGAAUAUUACGAACAAUUAUCGAAACAAUGAUCGAUGGUGAUCGAUUUCAUUGUUGUGGUCAUUGUUAUUCACCGAAUAAUAAUAGAAAAAAAUUUAAUUUCAAAAUCAAAUCAUCAUUGAAAACAUCAUUGUUUUGUAGUCACAAUAUUUGUUGUCAUGAAUUUUAUCAAUUAUAUCGUCAUGAUUUUCAUUUAAAACUUUAUGAAUUAAGUUUAAUUGAUUGUAAAUUUUUACUUGAUUUCUGUGUUUUCAUAUUGACCUUCAUUAUAUUAUCAUUACAAACGUAA